AUGACUUCUCAAUACAACGACAUCAAAUUCGAGAUCAAAGGGAAAAUCGGUGUUAUUAAGUUUAACCGCCCUAAAGCUCUCAAUUCGUUUGGUGGCACUCUCAUCCUCGAUGUCAUCGCCGCUCUUCGCGAGCUCAACGAGCACCCAGACACCGUCUUCACUGUCCUGACUGGCGAGGGUCGUUUUUUCUCCGCCGGUGCAGAUGUUCGAGGUGCAGGCACUUUGUCGCAGCCGAAGGAAUAUAAGAACGCGGGCGAGAAGAAGUUGGCGUUCUUACGGAAUUUCACUUAUGCUCACGAGCUCUUGAGAAGCAUGAUCGACCACCGCAAAGUACUCAUUCUCGCACUGAACGGUCCCGGCGUCGGAGGUGGUGCCGCCUGGUUUCCAGGGAUCGCAGACAUUGUGCUGGCGUCUUCUUCCGCAUGGCUUCAAUGCCCUUUCAGCGCGCUGGGCCUCGUCCCUGAAAACGGAUCUGCUCUCUCUUUCGCACAGCACAUCGGUAUUCACCGCGCAAACGACUUCCUGAUGUUCGGCCGUAAGCUAUCCCCACGAGAAUUACUCGAUGCUGGUAUGUACAACUACGUGUGGGACAAAACGGGCGAUGAUUUCCAAGCCGAGGUCAUUAAGUUCCUGGAGGGUCAGCUAGAAGUCAAUGACGGGAAGAGCAUGAUGGAGACAAAGAGGUUGCAAAAUGUAGGUGUGAGAGAGGAGCGGAUGAUGGCAGUUGUCAAUGCAGUCGAUGCUUUGGCAGAGCGUUUCGUCGAGGACGCACCGACAAGGAGGUUUGCGGAGAAAAGGAAGUUGAUGGAGGAGAAGAGUAAAACGCGGUCGAAGAUCUAG